CGCCAUGGCCGAUGGCCCCAGCGCGGCGCUUUCCCAGGCGGGCUGGUAUCUUUCAGAUGAAGGAAUAGAAGCUUGUAGAAGUUCUCCUGAUAAAGUCAAUAUAAACGACAUUAUUUUGAUUGCCCUCAAUACAGAUCUCAGAACUAUCGGCAAAAAAUUCCUUCCAAGUGACAUCAAUGGUGGAAAGGUAGAAAAGCUCGAAGGACCGUGUGUUCUGCAAAUUCAAAAAAUCCGCAAUGUUGCUGCCCCAAAAGAUAAUGAAGAAUCUCAGGCUGCACCCAGAAUGCUCCGUUUGCAGAUGACUGAUGGCCACAUUAACUGCAUGGCAAUAGAAAUGAAUUUCAUGUCAAAAAUAAGCCUGAACACUCCACCUGGAACCAAAAUUAAGCUGUCAGGAAUUGUUGAGGUGAAAAAUGGAUUUCUGCUUUUGAAUGAUUCAAACACCAUUGUUCUUGGAGGUGAAGUGGAACAUCUUAUAGAAAAGUGGGAGUUGCAGAGAAGUUUGUCAAAACACAGUAGGAGCAAUAUUGGAACAGAAGGUGGACCACCUCCUUUUGUGCCUUUUGGACAGAAGUGUAUGUCUCAAGUACAAGUGGACAGCAAGGAGCUUGAUCAGCGAAAAACACUGCAAGUUACCAUCCCCGUCAAACCUGCCAGUGAAAAUGAUGAAUUUGAAAAGCAAAGAACCGCUGCAAUUGCAGAAGUUGCAAAGAGCAAAGAGACAAAGACAUUUGGAGGAGGUGGUGGUAACGCUAGAAGCAAUCUCAACGUGAGUGCUGGAGGAAAUCGGAACAGGGAAACUUUCCAGAAAGAAAAAAUAUCAAAACCUGAGGGAAAGCACGAAGGUGUAUAUAGAGAGCUGGUUGAUGAGAAGGCGCUGAAGCACAUAAUAGAAAUGGGCUUCAGUAAAGAAGCAUCGAGGCAGGCCCUUAUGGAUAAUGGAAACAACUUAGAAGCAGCAUUAAAUUUUCUUCUCAAUGGCAACAAGCAGAAACCCACUCUGGGUCCACCAAUGAGAGGGAAAGGGAAAGGUAGAGGACGAACAAGAAGUGAAGAUGAAGAGGAAUUAGGAAAUGCUCGGCCUUCAGCACCCAGCACAUUAUUCGACUUUUUGGAAUCCAAAAUGGGGACUUUAAAUAUGGAAGAACCCAAAUCACAGUCCCUGCCACUUCAUCAGGUACAACACAGAGUUUUAAAUACCGAACAAAACGGAUUUAAAGAUCACCACCAACCGAGGCACCCCUUUCGAAAUGACAUGAGGCAGCCAAGAAAUGAAAAACCUCCUCGUUUCCAAAGGGACCUUCAGAAUUCAAGACAAAUUUUGGAAGCGAGUGGAUUGCCGAGAAGUAGAGGCCCUGAAAGACAAAACUCUUUAGGACCUGGAGUAUUGACAGAUGAGAGAAUCAAAUGUGAUAGAUCUUACCCUAGAAAUGACAGAAUUAAGGAUCUUACGUAUCCUACAACCUCUCAGCAGAAUGAUGGUGCUUUUAAAAAGAGAGAUAACUCUAUGCAAAACAGACCAGGGAAAAAUCCAUACUUAGAAGCAAAAGAAAACCCAAUUCCUCAAGAAACCUUAGACCUCAGUAAUCAAGCACGUGGAAAAAAGGAAAACCAAAUGCCAAAUUCUGAUCAUUUUUAUGAUAGGAAAGCACGGACAGUGAGUAAUGAAUCUUUUAGUGUGGUCAAAAAUGAGAAGCAUUUUAGUAUGAAUUCUGAAUACCAGAAUCCUAUUAGAACUGAAGGUAUCAUGGAUGUACCAAAUGGAGAAAUAGAGGUGCUACCAAAAGGAAGACGAAUGGGACCUAUUAAGCCAACUGGACCCAUCAUGCCUGCACCUUUUGAUGAUAAAAUGCUAUAUUAUAUUAGUGGGCCUAAGAGGAGAUCUGGGCCAAUCAAGCCAGAAAAAGUAUUGGAAUCUUCACUUCCUGCUGAAUGCGGCACCAUCUGGAAACCAGGAGAUGAAUGUUUCGCACUUUAUUGGGAAGAUAACAAGUUUUACCGGGCAGAAAUCGAAGCCCUUCAUUCUUCUGGUAUGACUGCGGUUGUUAAAUUCUGUGAUUAUGGAAACUAUGAAGAGGUGCUACUAAGUAACAUCAGGCCCAUUCAAGCGGAGGCAUGGGAAGAAGAAAGCAGCUACGACCAAACUCUCGAGUUCCGCAGAGGGGGUGAUGGCCAGCCUAGGAGAUCGACUCGGCCAACUCAACAAUUUUAUCAACCUCCCCGGGCCAGGAACUGAGAAGGAAAUGGAAAUGUGACUUCUGGAGUUUCUCUGAAGAAAAAGCCAUUGAAAACACCUUCUGUUAAAGAUCUAUUGAAAGACCUCUAGCUGUCACUUCAGAAUGAAAUGUAACAGUGGUGGAUGCUCUGAUCUGAAGAAAGAACAGCUGACUGAGCAAAAGAAUAUAGAACUGAUCCUCACAGACACUUAGAAAAAAAUCUGAGUUUUAUAAAACGAAAUGUUUUUUGCAUAUGGAAGAUGCAGCAUAUUUUUUUUGCCAACAAUAAAUCC